AUGAACUGGAAAAAUGAAAUGAAUUUGAUUUACUUUUUCUUCAUCAUUUCUCUUGGUCAAUGUCUUAGAAAAGAAGAAAAGGUUGAAGAAAUAAUAAUUGUCUCAUCAAAGUGGAAUGAAGAAAUAAACCAGACUCUCCAGACAUCUUCAUUUAAGAUAGGAAUACAAAAUAAUGAACAAUGUAUCCAAGAACUCGAAAAUAUUAAGAAACAAAUCUCAACUCAAAACGAAACACUCAUUUCGUCUCAAGAAAUUAAAGAGGAACUACUUAACACAAUAAUCAACCAAAAUAAAGGAGUAAAGGAAGUUAUUCAACGGUUUACUUCAAAUACUACAUUCUCUUCUUUAAAACAAUUAAUAUUCUCACAAAAAAGAUUUAAAGAGAAACCAGAAUUACAACAAUUUUAUUUAUUUUUAAUCCAAACAAUUCUUAGUAGAGAAGAUAUUAUUCAGUGUCUUAGUCCUUUUAUUCAAUAUUUUAAAAAAAUUAUAUUUUUAUGUAAAGAUGGACAUUGUUCAUUAUCAGAUAAAAAGAGCAACCACUUUGUCAUUGUAAAUGAAGAGACAAUUUUGUUUCUUCAAUUACUUCUUGAAAAAGAACAAUUAGAAUUUCCAAUACCAACAACUUAUCUUGAAUUUAUUAUUACCAAAAGAGAAAAUGUUUCAUUUAUUAAAGUGAAGAUGAACAAUUCUAUUAUUCUUAUUGGUCCUAAUCAUCAACGUUCUUACGAACUUACUUAUUUUCUUCAAUUAAUUGAAUAG